ACUUUGGUACUUCCCAUUGGGUAGCACUGGGGAACACGGGAAAAGCGGCGUUCGGGAAUUGUAGUCUCGGUAGGAACGUAGCUGCCCGAUCCGUGUGGCGUGGUUCUGUACCUUAGGAAGAGAUGAAUGGGAAACGGCCAGCGGAGCCCGGCCCGGCCCGGGUAGGAAAGAAGGGAAAGAAGGGAGCGAUGGCGGAGUUUUCGGUCGCUGUCACAGAGGAAACCUUGAAAACGCAGGUGGCCGAGGCCUGGAGCAGCAGGACGCCAUUCAGUCAUGAAGCCAUUGCCAUGGACAUGGACCCCUUUCUUCACUGUGUGAUCCCAAACUUCAUCCAAAGCCAAGAUUUCUUGGAAGGGCUUCAGAAGGAACUUUUGAACUUGGACUUCCAUGAAAAAUAUAAUGACUUAUAUAAAUUCCAGCAGUCUGAUGAUUUGAAGAAGAGAAGAGAGCCUCACAUCUCUGCUUUAAGGAGAAUUUUGUUUGAAGAUUUCCGGGCCUGGCUUUCUGACAUUUCUAAAAUUGACCUGGAAUCAACCAUUGAUAUGUCCUGUGCCAAGUAUGAAUUCACCGAUGCCCUACUCUGCCAUGAUGAUGAGCUGGAAGGGCGCCGGAUUGCCUUUAUUCUGUACCUGGUUCCUCCCUGGGACAGGAGCUUGGGGGGCACCCUGGACCUAUACAACACUGAUGAACACUUUCAGCCAAAGCAGAUUGUCAAGUCUCUUAUCCCUUCAUGGAACAAACUGGUUUUCUUUGAAGUGUCUCCAGUAUCCUUUCACCAGGUGUCUGAAGUCCUGUCUGAAGAAAAGUCACGUUUGUCUAUAAGUGGCUGGUUUCAUGGUCCUUCAUUGACCAGACCUCCCAACUACUUUGAACCUCUCAUACCUCGGAGUCCUCACAUCCCACACAAUCAUGAAAUUUUGUAUGAUUGGAUCAACCCUACUUAUCUGGACAUGGAUUACCAAGUUCAAAUUCAGGAAGAGUUUGAAGAAAGUUCUGAAAUUCUCCUGAAGGAAUUUCUUAAGCCUGAGAAGUUUGCAAAGGUCUGUGAAGCCUUGGAGAACGGAUAUGUGGAAUGGAGCAGCCGAGGUCCUCCUAACAAAAGGUUUUAUGAAAAAGCUGAGGAGAGUACGCUUCCUGAUAUCCUGAAGGGCUGCAUGGAGUUAUUUCACUCCGAGGCACUGUUCCUGCUACUAUCCAACUUCACAGGCCUGAAGCUUCACUUCCUGGCCCCUUCAGAAGAAGAUGAAAUUGACAACAAAAAAGAGGGAGAAGCAGCCUCUGCUACUGAGAGUACCGAAGAAGGGACCAGCCAUAGCUCCUCUGAGCCAGAGAAUAAUCAGGCAGCCAUCAUCAGCAACAGCCAACAGAGCAAUGAACAGACAGACCCAGAACCAGAGGAAAACGAAACAAAGAAAGAGUCAAAUGUUCCCACAUGCCAAGGGGAAUUAAGGCACUGGAAGACUGGCCACUACACUUUAAUUCAUGACAACAGCAAGACUGAAUUUGCCCUGGACUUACUUCUUUACUGUGGCUGUGAAGGCUGGGAGCCAGAUUAUGGUGGCUUUACUUCCUAUAUUGCCAAAGGUGAAGAUGAAGAGCUGCUAACAGUGAAUCCAGAAAACAAUUCUUUGGCAUUAGUCUACAGAGAUAGAGAGACUCUGAAAUUUGUCAAGCAUAUUAACCACCGAAGCCUGGAACAAAAGAAAACCUGCCCAAACAGAACAGGUUUCUGGGACUUUUCAUUUGUCUACUAUGAAUGACAGGACUGGGCAAAGCUGAACAAAAAAAUGACCCUUCAUCAGUACCAAGGACUUCUGGAAGAGCUGGGCAUGGACUAAAGAACUACAUGGUAGCUUGUCUAUCUGACAGUGUUCUUAAAACUGGUUGUCCUUUAAUCAUGACUGUCCUCAACCUAGACCUUGAGCUUGGAGCUAUGUACUUACCUCUUGACUUAAAACAAAAAAAAAGAGCGUUUUUUUUAAACAU